AAUGUUUCAGUUGAUCGCAAACAUUUGCAAGGAAAUGUACCGAAAUCCAAAAGCUUCAUUGGGAAUUUUGAAAACGCUUUACAACAUGAUCGAAAGUAUUUGGUCUGAGAAUGAAGUUAUGAAACAAAAUUGUUGCAUAAUGAUAAAGAGCUAUCUGCAGCGUUGCGAGAAGUCGUACUACCCUCCCGCGGUAGCCGCUGCAGUUUACAAAUGUGCAGCCAAAAUAGUUUCCUUGAAUAACCGUCGGUAUUUUUCUGACGAAACUAUGUUUGAAGAAUCUAUAACGAAUCAAAUCCGAGGAGACAUUCACAGCGUUCGCCUUUACUGUUGCCACUUGCUUCAAUACGUCUUUAGAAAUUUUACGAAUGACCACGUUUCUUCAUACUUGGCUGGCUUAUUAAAUAUGUUUCUGAUAAACGUUCUGCACAAGAAAGAAAUUCUAUUGAAAGACGAAGCGACUAACAGAACGCACACAAUUUUGCGAGCGUAUAUAUCUUUAGUGGAAAUAAAUAAAUCGCUAGUUCAUCAAGUGAUAAUGGAGGUGUUGCGAUUCCAAAAGGAGAAAACUUUAAAUAUGCAUUUAACAGAGAAGAUUCUUAAAAGAAUAUGUCAUAUCUCAAACGUAAAGGAGAUAUCUGUUUAUCUGGACGAUAACGUUCUUUCAGUUUUGCAUUUUUGGUUCACGAAUAAUUUAACGAUUGAGACGUUGCCUUUUAAUCUCUUUAAGUGCGAUGAUAUUAACGUAUUCCUUGAACGGUAUAAGAGCUGGUUGAUCCCAGCGGACGCACUGUGGAACAGCGGAGGCAACAUCAAGGAAAGCUCUCUAUUGCAUUUAAUAAAACAAAAUAAUAAGAAACAAUCACUAGAAGAAAUCAUCGAGGACAGUUUUCCACACAUCGUAGCCCUGUCGUUGCCUUACGUAGUGAUCGACAAGUACAAACUUCAUUGUUUGUCCGAACUGCCGGCCAGUUUUAAAGAGUCAUUGGAAAACGGCCAGAAGAUGUUUCAUCAAACGGGACAAAUGCUGACGCGCGACAAGUGGACCAAUCUCUUCGUCGAAAACGUUGGAGAGAUAUUGAUGUUGACCGCCGUGCACCUGUGCGAUCAUAGUGAUGCUAACCGAUUGUUUGGAAUCGAUAUACAGAAUAAAAACAGAAGCUUUUACUAUUCGAAACGAGUAUACUUGUCUGUUUUGGAUUUCAUCGGGGAACUCUCCGAUUGUAGCAUUAUGCAGUAUCUCUGCGGAAAUCAACCAUUAGCAAUAUUCAACAUAUUAUUCAAAGUAUGGAGCCGCGUAAUAAAUGAAAAUUGUCCAGAAUCGAGAAUUUCAGCGUUGCACGCCUACAUUACAAUUUUGGAAAGUAUUCCGCAAGAACAAUCUUCAGAUGCAUUCGUAUGUAAUUUUGCUUGCAAGAGCUUCGCCCAUGCGAUCAACGACAGUGAUAAUAGUAAAAAUGUUGAAAUUUACGUAAAGGGCUUAAAAAUAAUAUUUGAAAGAAUAUUAAUAAAUAAAGCUGAUCUGAUUAAAACGUCAGUGUCUCAGCUGUUACCGAUUUUGAUGAUAAAACAAGAAGAAGGUUUUGUAAAAGAAUGUGAACCUCUGAUACAUUAUUUGACAGUGGAAAUGAAAGAUUGCUUGAACGGUAGCGAAGACGUUCUAGACUUUAUGAGUUCGGUUUCUCAAGGAUUUGUAGAUGACAUGGAAUGCUCUACCGUGAAAUCGUUCACUGAGAAGCUUAGGACGUACAAACUGAGCUUGGUGUAUCCUAGUUACGAAACGCUUUUAAAUUUACGAAAGUGUUUGAUCACCAAUAAACACUUCAUCGAUCGGUGCUUGAACGAUUUGAACUCGAAAGGAUUCUCAGAGGACUGCGCAACGAGCAUUAUACAUCAAAUUAUAAAUUCAUUGAACGACAUCUUGAAGUCUACAAGAGAUAAUAAGACGAUUGUGGAAACGUGUAAUUGCUUGGCAGAAAUCGGUAUUUACGAUUUGAAAACUUUAGUGACCGUACCUCCCCGCGACACGCACAAAGUCGUCAGCGUGACCCCUACCAAGUGUUUUGUAACGAUUGUCGUAAAGUCUCUCUCUGAAACACUAAUGGACGACAAUCCCACCGUGACAUCUAGAGCAGCCGAAACAUUAAGCAACAUUUUGAAAUGCUUCGAGGAUAUCGAUACAAUUGAUAUAGAUAGACAGUGCAAGCAGAUACUGAAGCCCUUGGUAUCAUCGAGCAAUACGUUUCCCGUCACUAUUAAACUUAACAUACACGCAUAUACCGACUACAGCAUUGAAUAUGUGGAUGGAAUUUUCUUGAGGGCUUUGAUUUCUAAUUGGAAUAACAACAGCAAAGAUGUAGGCCAUGAUUGGUUGCAACGAGUCACUUGCACUCUGCUGAAGCUCAUAAAACCGACCUGUCCGUAUUUGGAUACGUUGUAUGAAGUCUGCCAAUUAAAGCCUCACGUCUGUAGAGAUAUUCUAGCGCCUUUGGUCGGGGUCCUGCUUUUUUCUAGUUCGACUGAAGGUAAAAUCGAAAUGCUCGGGACACAAAUUAACGCGGUUUUUAAUUAUGUUUGGGAACAAACUUUCGAGGAUAAAGUCGACAGCAGUAGUAACAGUCGCGAGAGUUCCGCGUCGGGCCAUGGGUUAGAUUAUGGACAAAAACAGAUGAUUCAAUAUAUGUUGGAUAUUGUUGAAUUUGUCCGUUUACAAAGAGCUUACUAUUUGAGAAUAAAUACCGAAGUUGAUUCAUUAAACUAUUUGAAUCUAGAAUAUGACAAAGUUGCUUGGGCUGCAACGAUUUCAGAUCAAAAUCUGAUCGCAGUUUAUUACGGCGAGCUCUGGGCGUUCGCUAAGAACGGCGGUGUUCCUCCGGCAUCACCCGAAAAAGCUGCAAGCUUAGAAGGAGGGGAAAAUAUGCAACGGAUAUUAAGAAAGUGCUACGUGUCGAUCGGCGACACGGACGCUGUGGAGGGCUGCGGCACCGCGCACCUCACCGUGGAGAGCGAGAAGCGCAAGUACCUGAUCCACACGGGGCAGUUCGCGGACGCGCUGCUGCUGCACGACGCGGCGCUGUCCCGGGGCGCGCGCGCAGACCGCGCCCUGCACGCCGGCGUCGCGCGCUCGCUACACAAGUCGGGAAUGCAUCACCUCGCCUUGCAAUACAUUAAAUCGUUGCCCGACAACGACUACUUAAACGAGAUAAAGUACGAAUGCAUGUCGUUUUUGGGUGACUGGAGUGAAUUUGUUGACACGAAGGAGUUAGACGAGAAUUCGAGGAAUGGUAAUUUCAAUCCGAAUUCCAUAUUGAGAGCAUUUCAAUAUGCCUGCCUCAGAGCGUGUGUUGGAGAGGAAACUACGCAAAUUGAUUUAGAGAAAAUAGUGCCCUUAAACAGAGCCAAAAUAGCCGUAGCCACGCUUUGUCAGAACCUCAACAUGGAGACCAGUCAGAGCGUAUACAAAAUCGUUCGAGAACUACACAUAUUCAAAGACAUCGAAGAUUACUAUUCGGUUAGGUCGGCCGAUAUAUCGAUAAACGAUUUGCUCAAACGUUGGCGAACCGAAAACCUACCUCGUUUUAACGACUUCAAGUACGUCGAGGCUCUGAUUUCGCAACGCGUGAUGAUGCUGGAGCACGCCGCGGGCCGCUACCACGACUUGCUGAAAGAUAUCGUUUCGCUGCAGAUACAAUAUGCCGAAUUAUCUCUCGCUCACGGUAGAAUACAGAUGUCUCAACGGCUAAUUGCGACAGUAAAGGAGCUACAGGUGCCAGACGAGGUGACUUUAGCGGAAAGCGAAAUAUCUUGGGCGAAGGGACACAGAGAGAUCGCUAUUUCCUUGCUAAAGAAUGUCGUUACCAAUCCGACUGUAGAUGCUACGACCAGUGCGGCUGCUUUAAGGCAAUACGGGUUGUGGAUGGCAGAGUCGAAACGCGAGAACGUCAGAGAUAUAAUUGAAAAGUACCUGUUGAAAAGUCUGGACGUCAUGAAGGCUACCGAUCAUAAGCAGACGAGAUUCAAAGUCUACUAUGACAUCGCCAAAUUUGCUGACGCGGAGUACAAACAAGUCGAGGCGUACAUGAACUCCUCCGUUUUCGAGAACAAAGUGAAAUGUUUAGAGAACAUCAAGGACACCACAUCAUCAUUACGUUCAACGCAACAAUCACUGACCAGGGACGAGCAGAGAGCCCUAAUUGUGAACGAUCGAUUUAGGAAGCUGGAUGAAACCGAAAUUGCUAAUACUAAAGCCGUGAAGGAAAACUUUCUGAGUUUGGCCAUGAGGUACUACUUACGUUCGUUGAAGCAGUGCGAGCUGAACAAUUUGUGUGUUUUUCGUGUCAUUUCAUUAUGGCUCGACAAUCCAAGUUUUGAUUUCGAAGAGUCGAACGGCGAAAAGUUCACUGAUUUGCUACACGCCAUACCGUCGAGGAAGUUUAUUACGGUACUGCCUCAGUUGGUGCCCAGAUUGAAUACUGAACGAACAGCAUUUGCGGAAAACUUGAAGAAGAUCAUAAAGAGAUGUGCCAUCGAUCAUCCCCACCACACACUUCCCAUUCUGUUUAGUUUGAAGAAUUCAGACAAAGACAAAACGAUUACACUAAACUUAAAACCAGGAAAUACGCAGUCCAGAGCCCAAGAGCCCAGAGUCGUCGCCGCUCAGGCAUUGAGUGCUGAACUAAGUAAAGAAAACGAAUCAAUGGCAUCGAUUAUGUCCCAAAUGGAAAGAAUGUGCGAUGCAAUGAUAGCUUUCGCUAACCUCGAACCUUCGUCGAAAGAAGUGAAACAAGCCAUCCCGGCAACUGAACGGAUACUGAGGCUCGGUCAUUUGGACGCUAUACCCGUGCCGACCGCGACGAUACCUAUUAGAGAUGACUGCACGUACUCUGAUUUUCCAGCUUUAAAAUCAUUCGACAACUACUUCGAAUUGGUUGGAGGGAUUAACUUCCCGAAAAAAGUGACAUGCCUUGAUUCGACGGGACAAAAUAGGAUACUGUUGAUUAAGGGUAAAGAUGAUUUGAGGCAGGACGCGGUAAUGCAACAAGUCUUCAACAUAGUCAACGCUUUACUAGAAAACAAUCCGGUCACUAGUCGAAUCAAGCUGCUGAUCCGAACAUACAAGGUGGUGCCUCUGUCCCGCCAGUCGGGUGUACUGGAGUGGUGCGUGGGAACGAUACCGCUGGGAGGAUAUUUGGUGGGCACAAAAAAAACACCCGGUGCGCAUGCGCGUUAUCGACCUAAGGACCUAUCGUGCAUGGAUGCUCGGAAAAAGAUGGAAACGAAUCGCGAAUCAAGGCAGAGUAACAAUGAGAAGUUGACAGUUUUCUUAAACAUUUUGAGAGACUUUAAACCGGUGUUUCAUUACUUUUUCACUGAACAUUAUCACAAUCCGGUGUCUUGGUACGAACGAAGACUGGCGUACACAAAAAGUGUGGCGGCGUCUUCUAUGGUGGGAUAUAUACUGGGCUUGGGCGAUCGACACGUUCAGAACAUAUUGAUCGAUAAACAUACUGCUGAAGUUAUUCACAUCGAUUUUGGUAUAGCGUUUGAUCAAGGCAAGGCGCUGACAACACCCGAGACUGUUCCUUUCCGGCUAACCCAAGACCUGGUUUCUGGGUUCGGAUCCAGCGGUGUUGAAGGAAUAUUUAGAAGGUCUUGUGAGAAAACAAUGCAACUCCUCAGAGACAAUCAGGAAACCUUAUUGACGAUAUUGGAAGUGCUUCUAUGUGAUCCUUUGUACACUUGGAUUAUAUCCCCUAAACAACAAAAUACUCGUGGCAGUAAAGUCGAUAACCUUAAUUGCGGCAGCAGUUCGAAAAGUGGUCUCGCCCAGAGAGCUUUGCUAACUGUAAACAGUAAAUUAAGCGGCACUGAAGGCGGUGUGGCGGGAGGCGUUGCAGUUCCUGGUCAAGUAGCACGUCUAAUUCAUACAGCAAUGGACCCAAAUAACUUGUGCCGGCUUUUCCCGGGGUGGCAACCCUAUUUAUAGGAUACAGAACAAGAAACUGUCUUUUUCCUUUUAAAAAUAAAUUUCAU